GCGUGGGGGGUAAGGGGGUUGGGGGGUGACCGGCGACCCACGCCUCUCGUCGACCUUUCUGGAACGUGUCCCUGCCGGGGACCCGGCAAAGACCUUGGGCUCCCGGAGCCUACGGGGAGAGUUGGGGAGUGAGUGUGUGUGCGCGCGCGCACCCCCGGUGCCCGCCCGGUCCAUUCAUCGGAGCCCGCGUCCCCUGGCCUGCCUCGUGCAUCCGGCCCCGCGGCGAUGGAGAACGGCGGCGACACCAGCGGCUACGUGGACGGCGCCGCGCCGGGGCCUCGGGACGCCGCUGGCCGCGCCGGCCGCUGCGCUGCCUUCGUGCGGCGCCAAGCGCUCGUGCUGCUCACCGUGUCCGGGGUGCUGGCGGGCGCCGGGCUGGGCGCGGCGCUGCGCGGGCUGCGGCUGAGCCGCACGCAGGUGGUCUACCUGGCCUUCCCCGGGGAGAUGCUGCUGCGCAUGCUGCGCAUGAUCAUCCUGCCGCUGGUGCUGUGCAGCCUGGUGUCGGGCGCCGCCUCGCUGGACGCCAGCUCCCUGGGGCGCCUGGGUGGCAUCGCCGUCGCCUACUUCGCCCUCACCACGCUCAGCGCCUCGGCCCUAGCCGUGGCCCUGGCGUUCAUCAUCAAGCCGGGCUCGGGAGCGCAGACCCUUCAGUCCAGCGACCUGGGGCUGGACGAGGCUGGACCUCCUCCGGUGCCUAAAGAGACGGUGGACUCUUUCCUCGAUCUGCUCAGAAACCUGUUUCCCUCCAAUCUCGUGGUUGCAACAUUCAAUACGACUGCAACCACUUACAAAAUGCUGAACCACAGUACCAGCUUCGGGAAUGUGACCCAAGAGAAGCUCCCUGUGGUCACCAGCAUCGAAGGGAUGAACAUUUUAGGACUGGUCUUUUUUGCCCUGGUGUUAGGAGUGGCCCUGAAGAAGUUGGGCUCCGAGGGCGAGGAGCUCAUCCGCUUCUUCAGUUCCUUCAAUGAGGCAACAAUGGUGCUGGUGUCCUGGAUCAUGUGGUAUGUGCCAGUGGGCAUCAUGUUCCUGGUUGGCAGUAAAAUUGUGGAAAUGAAGGACAUCGUGGUGCUCGUGACCAGCCUUGGGAAGUACAUCUUGGCGUCGAUGCUGGGGCAUGUCAUCCAUGGGGGGGUCGUUCUGCCGCUUGUCUUUUUUGUCCUGACACGAAAAAACCCAUUCCGGUUCCUGCUGGGCCUGCUCACGCCAUUCGCGACGGCAUUCGCCACCUGCUCCAGCUCAGCCACCCUCCCUUCCAUGAUGAAGUGCAUCGAGGAGAACAACGGCGUGGACAAGAGGAUCAGCCGGUUCAUCCUCCCCAUCGGCGCCACGGUGAACAUGGACGGCGCCGCCAUCUUCCAGUGUGUGGCCGCCGUGUUCAUCGCGCAGCUCAACCACGUGGAGCUGAACGCGGGCCAGAUCUUCACGAUUCUAGUGACCGCCACAGCGUCCAGUGUCGGAGCGGCAGGCGUGCCAGCCGGAGGGGUCCUCACCAUCGCCAUUAUCCUGGAAGCCAUUGGGCUGCCCACCCACGACCUCUCUUUGAUCCUGGCCGUGGACUGGAUUGUGGACCGAACCACCACCGUAGUGAACGUGGAAGGGGACGCCCUGGGAGCGGGCAUCCUCAACCACCUGAACCAGAAGGCGAUGAGGAGAGGGGAGCAGGAGCUGAAGGAGGUGAAGGUGGAGGCCAUUCCCAACUGCAAGUCCGAGGAGGAGACGUCGCCUCUGGUGACCCACCAGAACCCUGCAGGCCCCGUGGCCAGCGCUCCCGAACUGGAAUCCAAGGAGUCGGUGCUGUGAUGGGGCUCAGCCACGGGCUGGCCUGCAGCACCGACGCCCUGCCCUGGCCGCCUGCCUCGGUACUCAGACACGGGCUUGGCCCUCGAGGGCGGUUAGUCCCUCAAGCCUUGCUUUGGCCCAGUCACCAAUCUGAGGAUGAGGCACAGGCACUGGGCUCCCAAGCAAGAACUGGCUAGCAAGGACCAGGACGCUCUUGACAUUGGGCUUGACCCGUGCCUAGGUAUAGCCGUGGGUAUAUGCCAGCACUAUUUAGAAAACACUCUUGGACUGCCAGGCCUGGGGAGAUCAGAGGCUCACAGAGGCCUGUGGGUGAAGCCUGGGAAAAUAGAGGCGUAUUCUUCAUUGCUCCCCGUUGGCGCCACAUCAGGUGCUUUUUGAGCAAACCAGAGGGGUUUGCAGUCAUCUGUCGCGUCUCAUCAACAGUAGUCACUGGAAAGAUUCCAAAAUCCUUAGCCUGAGCAGGAAUGCGCCGAGCUGGGACUCGGGCUUUUAAAGAAUCGUGCCCCAACCAAGUGUGAAUGACUUCUAAGGGACCAGAGUGUGUCAGGCUAGAAAACUCCAGAUGGUGGUUUUCCAUGAGCAGCUCUGAGGUCAAAGAAGGGAAAGGGGGAGUGCCUUAUUUAGGACCAGACACAUCCACACUGUCUCCGUUCCCACCCCGGCCAUGGGACACUUUACCUCUUCCUUCUGAGACUCGGGGCCUUCGUCGGCACUUCCCCUCCAUCUCCUCCUCAUUCGGCGACAGACCCGGGGGGCCCCUUGGUCUGGGAGCUGUGUGGGGUGGCUGCACUCCAGACACAUUGGUUCACCAGUCUACCACCACACUUUCACUAGGCUUUCCAUACAAUGCUGCAGGUCAGCAAAAACACAACCCACGUACACACACACACACACCCCAAACCCACGCAGGGACUGAGUGGGGGUACACCUGUUGCCAAGUCCUCUGGCUUGACCUGAUUUCCACAGGUGCAGAUUCAUUGUCCGCCAGCUCACUGAAGUUUAAAAUGAUCCCCUGCAACGUCACGUGUUCCUCUCCUGACCAGGAGCCCUGGUGUCAGUGUGGCAAGGGAACCAUUUUUCAGCAACAGCCGGGUGGGCUGGUGGUUAUGGCCUGGCAAGUCCCAGGGUCAGUGACACCUGCCUCGUGCCUACCUCAGAGGGACCUGUCAAACUGGUUUGAAAAUGACCAUCUUGCUUUGGGAGGCGGAGUGCUUUUGUAUUGUCCCGGGGGCAGGGUUCUCCCUGGAGGCCGCCUCCCGGUGAGGACUGCCAUCCCCACCUGCUGACAAAACGUUUCUGGGUACCUGGCUGCUGUGACUCGGGCGCUGUCGCCCUGGCAUCCCACACCAGGUCACUGGAGCCCCCAGACCGGCUCCCUGCUUUCUCGGGUGUCCCGGAGACUUCAUGCUGCUCUGACCUGGGGCCUCGUGGGGAAGAGGCACGGCUACCGAGGGAAGCAGCCAUUGAGCGGACCUGGCUUUCUUUAAGAAGCUUUUUUAUUUUUCUAAUUUUUCAUUUUUAUUUUAGAGAGAGAAUUGGCACCCCAGGGCCUCAGCCACUGCAAUGGAACUCCAGACGCUUUGUGCCACCUAGUGGGCAUGUGCGACCUUGCGCCUGCCUCUCCUUCGUGCGUCUGGCUGACGUGGGAUCUGGAGAGUAGAACACGGGUCCUUAGGCUUCGCAGGUGAGCGCCUUAACCGCUGAGCCACCUCCGCAGCCCGGCCCAGCUUCCUUUAAGCCAGCUGAGUCACUGCAGUCUCCUGUGGGGCCAAAGUGACCGGGAAGUGAGGCGUGUGCUCCCUGGCCAGAGCCUGCUGACAGUACUGUCUUAUUUUUACAGGGGAAACAAACUCACUGAUCAAUCACAGACUACAGAUCUGAACAUUGUCUGUUUUUCAGGCUUCAGUAAAUUUUUUUCUUUUUCCUUGUGUGUCUUUGUAGUUUUAGCUCCGGUCCAAGCAAUAUGAGUUUGGGUAAUGGAUAACUAAACUUUGAGCUGCAUGUUUGGCAACCCAGAUUUUCCCGUUUCUGAAGGGAAAUCUCAGUGAGUGCAGGGAUGAGAGCCGAACGGGGAGACCACGGGCUGACCCGACCCCGAAGAGAGGCUUGGUGCCACGAUCCGGAGAAGUGUGCCUACGUGCCCGGGGAGGGGUGGUGCGGGCAGAAGAGAAGGUGCCAGUCUCCCUGCUUGUUGGCCCACAAGGAGGGAAGUGAGUGCAGCAGAGGCGACCGAGGGAAAUUCCACUGCGAUUGUCUGAAACGUCUCCCUGCCAGUUCUCUUUCGAACAUGUCCCAAGUACUGUCCCAUCUCUGGACUUUUGUGUGUGUGUGUGUAAAUGUGAUACUUGCCUUAAAACUGCGCAGUCCUCAAAAGUGAAUACAGUAGCCCUUCUGCUGGUA